AUGAGUACCUCUUCUCCUCCCACUCCGCCAUCAAGUGGCCCAAUAGAUGAGGAACGGAGAUUCAAAGAUAUUACAUCACCCUGUGAGUGGGUGGAGGAUUACCGCCCAGGUGGUUAUCACCCAGUCGUUCUCGGCGAUGUCUUCAACCAACAGUACAAGGUCAUCCGGAAGCUUGGCGAGGGCUCCUAUUCAACGGUUUGGCUCGCCCGUGACCUGAAUGGAUAUGUCGCCCUGAAGAUCCUCGUGUCCCAAAUCUCGGGAUCGACAACCGAGCUAAGAAUCUUACGCCACAUCGCCGAAGUCGCACCAGUUGAAGGAACUCGGUAUAUCACGCAACUACUAGGCGAGUUCGAACACCGCGGACCCAAUGGCGUCCACAAGUGCCUAGUAUUUGAGCCCAUGGGCCCGAGUGUGAACAGUAUGGUCGAGGAGCUACCGCAGUUCAAACCUCGCAAGCAAGAAAUGAAAAUCCGCUAUCCGGUUUGGAUGGCAAAGAGCAUCCUCAAGCAAUCCUUACAGGCUCUUAUAUUUCUUCACGAAAACGGUAUCGCCCAUGGAGACUUCCAGCCGGGAAACAUGCUCUUCACUCUUAACAAUGUCAACUCGACGCCCGAGGACUUACUCCGGCAAGAGGAAGACGUGGAAGCCCAGUCGAUCUCGCCCCCUGUAGAGAGGCUAGACGGUAAACAAGAUAAAUGGGCUCCUCCUUAUCUUUGCGUUGCGCAGCCGCUAGUACCAUUUACCUGCUACACCGAAGGGUUCAAAGUCAAAUUGUCCGAUAUAGGCGGUGCAUAUUUCUUUACCGAUCCGCCGAAAAAGCCCGUCACUCCACGCGGUCUUCGAGCUCCCGAGUUAAUUUUUACCAACGCCUUUGACAACACCGUUGAUGUCUGGAGUUUCGGUUGCAUUGUCUUUGAGCUUCUCACCGGACUGCCACUCUUCUGUUUACCAUACUCCAAUAUGGUAGAUGCAGAUGACGAUCAUCUUAUCUCCCUCACCACCCUGCUCGGCGAUCUCCCAGACGAGCUCUUUAGCCGUUGGACAAGAUCCUCGCUCUACUUCACGCCGGAGAGGAAUCUCUUCAAUGAGGAGCUUGGAGGGUCCGUCCGGGAAAGGAACCGCUUAUUUUAG